AUGACAUCAACGACGACAACAACAACGCCAACAAAAUAUUUUUCUCAUUAUAAUUUUGAGCAAAUGCUCAAUAUCAAAUUUGAUCCAACAUUUUUACCAGUUGUAGCUACAAGUUUUACUUUAUUUAUCUUUCUUUACAAAUUUCUUAAUCCAAUUUUAUCCAAUUUAUUAAUAAAAGAUUAUAAAUAUUUUAAUGAAACACAGAAAGUGGAUUGGAGUACUAGAAUUAAUUCAUCAAUUAAUUCAUUUACGGUUGGUACUAUUUGUGUAUAUAUGAUGAUUGCUGAUCAUGGUCUUGAAGCUAAUCCACUUCUAUAUAAAAGUUAUUUAUUGAAAACUAAUUUAUCAAUUGUCAUUGGAUAUUUAUUAAGCGACACAGUAAUAAGUAUAAUACAUUAUCGAAAAAUUGGUGAUCCAUUUAGUAUGGCUCAUCAUUUAGUUUCUAUAUAUGCUUUUGCAUAUGUAUUAACACUUAAUGUAAUGCCAUACUUUGCUAAUUUUCGACUACUUGCUGAAUUAUCAACACCUUUAGUAAAUAUAAGAUGGUUUCUUGAUACAUUAAAAUUUUCUAAAACAUCAAAAGCAUUUGUAUUGAAUGGUCUUUUGAUGACAUUAGUUUUCUUUUUUGUUCGUAUAUUAGCAAUGCCUAUUUAUUGGUAUAAAGUCUAUACAGUUGCAAUAACACCAUUAUGGUCACAUAUGGGUCAUUUUCGAUUUGUUCUUAUUAUUGUAUGUACUGUACUUGAUAUUAUUAAUUUAUAUUGGUUUUCAAAAAUGGUUCGAGGUUGUCUACGAUUAAUGAAUUCUGUAUAUGGCAAAAAACAUGGAUAA